AUGCAGACCACUUUUCGUCAACCAUUAUGCUCAGCCAGAGCAAAAUACAUUGAAAUAUUAUACCCUUUCUAUAUAUGCAUCUUUGUGAUAACAGUGCCUUCGAUCUCGGGUCUGAAGUGCUAUUUCUGCACAACAAAGGACUACCCUGCAACUUGUGGAGACACCAAUUUCGAUAAAGAAAAGCACGCCAACGACGUCACCGAAACGUCACCCCAUGACCCCCAACAACGGGCAUGUGCUAUGUGUACAAAAGGUUACUGGAUUGACGUGACGGAUGGAAAUAGAUAUUACGCCCACAGUUGCGAAUCCCUAAGUAAUCCAGUGGAAGAAGGCUGCGCUGGAAACCAGUGCGCAUGUGACACCGACCUUUGUAACCAUGGCAAUCGUGUUACCAUGGCAAUGUCCUUAGCAACCACGGUCUUUCUGUUUGUUGCUAUGAAAGUUCUUGCCUAAUUUAAGAUGUCUGUAUUUAAGUUAUAUGUCAUGAUGAUCUGACACCAGUGCACAUGCAGAUCCAAUAUUUUAAAACUCACCAUGUGUUUCCAUGGCAGUACGUCUUCUGUUACUUGCAUUUAUAAUUGACAUGCAGAUUUAUUUCUAGAUAAUCAUUUUUGAGAUAAUGAGCCGAUUAUUCCCUUCAAACUCUUAUAUCAUGCUCGAUUGUUGUGUUACAUUAUUGUCUGUACGUUUAAUAUAACAUAUUAAGCGCUAAUAACCAUUCUACAUAUUCUAUACCAUUUAAAAUUUAAUAAAGAAAAUAACUCUG